AUGGCCACCGAGUCUGUAAAUGAUGGUCUGAGUGCCAUGGCCCAAGCUGCGUCUAGUUUGCGGUCUCGGGAGUCUGUUCCACUAUUUCACACACCUCCACCUGUUGAUAGAAGUAGGUCUUGGAUGGUUGAGAAGUCUGAGAAGGAAUCAUAUGGUAUUACUGAGCUUGACGAUACGAUAGUUCUCAGCCAGAGUAUAGAGCAUUCGGAAAUGGAUCAUAGUGGAUCUGGGUCUCCAACUGGUAUAGAGAAGAUUUCUAGUGCUAAUGAAAUUAGUGGUAACAAAGGUGCCACUGAUUUUACUAAGAAUAGCGUAGAUGAUGGCAACACCUCGACAUGGACGUCUAAUCCAAUUACUUCUGCAUCUGCAUCUGCAUCUGCUAGUACUACUGCUACUACACCUACCACUACCACGACAUCUAUGACAUCUUCUGGUACGCCAAGUUCAUCUGAUAUACCUACCACAACUGCAUCACACAUAUCUAAUGUCAUUUCUGAAAGUACAGCUGGAACGAGGGCUGGUUCGACGUCAGGAGUGACGUCUGGGACGACGGCUAUUGCCACUGACGGUAUUACAGCUGGUGAUGCCGCGACACCAGCUUUAACCAACAGCAUAAGUGAAGGCACAGAGAAAAACAUCUGUGCUAAUACAACUAAUACACCAGGUGCCAACGCCGUCAACGAAGAUCUGACGUCUGGUGUCGAUAGCGUUGCUGUGACUGACCAGUCGUCUGCAGCUGCCAGCAAAGAGCCGAGUUUGAAAUCGUCACGAAGCAGCAGCACCUCUUUGGAAAGAGUUGCUGAACUGCAUGGUGAAGAGGAUUCUCAUAGUGUUGGUGUGCCACCGCCCCUUCCAAGAAGAAGAUCUCAUUCACAGCAUUCAGAAGAGCGCCAUGAUUUGUCACAUCAGACUCCAUCGCUGCCCCGGAAACUCACUCCUGCAGUCGACAGCUUCAUUCAUAGUUUACAAGAACCCAAGUACAUGACUCCAUUAAGUGGUGACGAAAUUGCUGAACUAUAUCAAGAAUUCUAUCAUCAAUUUGCGGUUCAAGCUGAAGAAUAUGUUAUUGGAUCAUCUAGUAGUUCUAAAUCUCGUGCUUCAAAGGAAGUGCCCAUGCAAACAUAUCGAGAAAUUGCUGAGAAAAAACGUGAGAGAUCACUUCGACCAUCGAGAAUAAAGUCCCUCGUGGAAUCUGCUGAAGCAAUUGUCUGUGAAGCAGUUUAUAGCAAGAUCUUUGCUAUUUCAUUCGGCGAUGAUAAGCCUCGUAACGAGCACCUUCAGGGCCGUGUCCGGGCAUUGAAUGCCAUUCCCGUAACACUAGACCAUUUGGCAUUACCUAUUAAUGAAUCUGAACUGUUACCUCUUCUCACCGAGGCAGGUGAAGAACUCGUGAAUAUGGAUAGGGCCAAGGCGCCUCGAGCCAAGCUCCAUCACCUGCUUAAAGUACACAAAGUGGUGGUGGCUGCUUUAACUGAGAAACGAAGUGACCAAACCAGUGCAGAUUCUAUACUUCCCGCACUGCUUUUUACAUUUAUCCGGUUUGAAUCACCCAACUUGAGGCUGAAUAUGAACUUUAUCAAGCGGUUCCGCAACAAACAGUUCCUUCAGGGUGAAGAUAUGUAUUGUCUGACCAAUUUCGAAGCUGCUAUUGAAUUUUUAGAAACUUUGACUCUGGAUGCUUUGAACAUAGAUGUUGCCAGUAUUCCUAGCUCGAUAGAUAUCACCCCAUUAAUAACAAAACCAGAUUCUGACCCAUUGAAACAUUCGUCGCCACGGUCUUCUAGAAGUAAUUCCUUACAACAAUCCCUGAAUUCAUCGACAUCUCCAAGAAGACAGCACAGUAGUUCUAAUGUAGCAUCAUCGGCGAAUACUGGAAUACUUGGAAAGCGACUCUCUAUUCUGUAUCCCGGUGACAUUGCAUCCACUGCUGUUAACUCGGCCGACCAAAGCAUAAAAUCUUUCAGCUCGACUGUGGGUAGUUCGUAUAGAUUUCUAGUGGGAAGAUUUGUGGACAAGAAAGAUGGUCAACUAGACGAAAAGUACCCGGAUACUUUGGCCGAAGCCCGUAAGGUUGUUGGAUUGGAUGGCCCCAAUGGCGAUUUGGAUCACUCGCACCGAACCUUGUCUGAAGACAGUCUUCCAUUGUCGCCUGGACGAGAUACUGGCACACCUGUGAAUCCAGUUGUGCCUCCACCGCCAGUUGGGACCUCGCGAUCUCGGUCUUCAUCUUUACACAUGGCCAAUGGUGCCCUCGGAUCUUCUGACUCUAUCAUUGGUAAAUUUGCUGGGGGAGUCAUGAGAAACUUCAGAUCCCCUUCGUUCAGUCAGCCACAUCCAGAAGAUGAAACACAUGUUACGAAUGGUACCACCAGAGCAACUGCUGCUGUUGUCAAUGUUCACAGCAAAAUCACUAAGCCUAUUGAGAAGCUACUUGUCACUGAUACCGAUUCCCUGAAACUGUCAGAUAUCAGAGAUCUACACAAUGAUUAUAAGCGAUUAGUCGAGCACCUGAAGACUCUCAAUGCAUUUGAAUAA